AUGUCAUUCAUCCCCCGCCAUGCCUUCCCGCAAAUCCCGUCGCUGCCCAGGUCCUACUUCCUGGGCCACCACAAAUCCGGCCUGCAGAAGAUGAAAUCGCUUCUUUCCUCGAUCGACCUAGUCAUAGAAUGCCGCGACUACCGUGUACCGCUUACCUCGCGCAACCCGUUGUUUGAAGAUGCGCUUGAAGGAAAGGAACGGGUCAUUGUUUAUACGAAGAGAGACUUGGGCGGUGGGUCGCGUGAUAACCGGAACGAGGAUGUCAUUGCGAAAUGGCAUCGCCCCACAACGACCAUGUUUGUGAGGAAUGGGAAAGAGUCAGAGGGCGAGAUCAGUGGUCGGAAGAGUGUUAUCAAACUUUUGGACAUCCUGAGAGAGCAUGCGCAGAAGAGGUGGAAAUUGGUCGGCCACCGCGUUAUGGUAGUAGGAAUGCCCAACGUGGGCAAAUCCACGCUGCUCAACGCUCUGCGCGCACAGGGUAUCGGCAAAGGCAAGGUUGCAGCUACGGGCGCUCAACCCGGUGUGACGCGCAAAGUCAGUAGCAGCGGUGUGAAGAUUAUACCGAGCGAAGAUGAUAUGGAAGCAGCGGAUGUUGGGGCGAAGAAGAAGCUUCAGGGUGUAGGAGGAGGUGUAUAUCUUCUCGACACACCCGGUGUUUUUAUCCCAUACGUUCCCGACGCAGAAGCCAUGAUGAAGCUGGCCCUCUGCGGCUCCGUCAAAGAUACUAUCAUCGCACCCGUCAUGCUCGCAGAUUACCUCCUCUACCACCUCAACCUCCAAUCGCCUACGCUCUACUCCGAAUACGCACCGCCUACCAAUGACAUUAUCGAACUUCUGUCCGAGAUCGCGAAGAAGACCGGUAGACUGGGCAAGGGUGGGGUCAUAGAUACAGAAGCAACGUCGCUGUGGAUGAUACAAAAGUGGAGGAGUGGCAGCAUGGGUCGCUUUUUGUUGGACGAGAUUGACGAGAAGAGUUUGGAAAAGGCUAAGAUUGAUGAGGAGGGUCUUGCGCCUAGUCUAAACCAGGCCAGGAAGGCAGAGCGGGAGAGGCGGAGGGAGAGAAAUAAGGCGAGAGGAGAGAAGUGA